CUUUGUUGGGUCCUGUCCAUCUUAUCACCAGGCGCCAUCAUUGACGCGGGGGCGCAAUGAUUUUGCCUUUAAAAUAAUGGUCUUGCUUGUACUGUUUUACUAGGCAAAGACAAUCAAGAAAGCGAGUCAGAGAGAGAGAGAGAGAGAGAGAGAAAGAGUUCUCUUCGAUGGGAGAAUGGGGAGCGAAUUGCUGCGUGUUCUUGUCGUUCGAUGAUGCGAAGACGGGUCGGAAGCCUCUGCACUCCGCGCUCGAAUUCGAUCGACGGAUCGAUGAUGCGAUGAUACUACCCGUCGUUUGAGUCGGAUCCGGCUGGCGGAAUUUGGGGGACUUUUCUUGGUUUUGGUCCCAAUUUUUCCUCCUUCCGAUCGCGUCCGUUUCUGGUGCACGCAAUCUUUGCCGUUCCUCCGCUUGUGAAUUCGCCGUUUCUUCUUUUCCGGGUUCGUCGAUCUGGUUUAUCUGGGAGGUUGGUUUCUUGGUGUGGUUGGAUCAAAAGUGAGGGACUUUUUGGUGAUGGUUUUGUGCUUGAUCUGUUCAUUAGAAUCGUGUUAAUCUUGGGUUUUAUGAGGAUCGAGGAUUCGGGGAUUGUUUGAUCGGGUCUCUGCUUGAACGACAUGUCGCGUAGAGAUUGUUUCUUCUUUAUCUUGAGCUGAUGAUUGUUCCAUUCAACUUAACUAAUGCUCUUGAGAGGAACUUGUUAGCAUGGGAAUAUAAUGGAAGCAUCUGGUGAGGAUAAGAUUUUUCCUGACCUGUAAAGUUCUGAUAAUAUAAGUAGAUUUUCAUUCAAGCUUGUGGUGAGGGUGAGAUCACUUCUGGUAGUGGUGGUGCUAGUGUGUUCAUCUGGGCCCGGAACAAUCUACAGUCAUUUGAUAUGUGUUGUGAGAUCAAUAGGACUACCUACUGAAAGUAAAAUUGGUGCUGCAAAAUGGAUCAGAUAGUAUCGCAGUUUCUGUUAAAGAGUUUGCACAUUAUUUUGGAUUCCAGGAUUCCUUCUCUUCAUCCGAAUGAUCAAAGAAGCGACCGCCGUACAUCAGUUUCUCGAGCGAGAAAGAAUGACAAAUGGUUUAACUUAGUGUUGGGGGACCGUCCUGCUGCCCUGGAAAACUUGAACUUUUGGCACAGGAAUUUAAUGGACCCAAUGAUUAUCGACAUAAUACUUGUUCACGAGGGGCCUAAUUCAUCAUCUGUCGAUGCUUACUCUGCUAUAAAAGCAUCUGUUGAGACGGUCAUAGAAAGGUGGGUUGUUCAUUAUGAGUCUCCUAGAGUUACUCCUAAUAUCAAUGAUUCUUCUCUUCACAAGAAGAUAUACAAGAAGUUGAUUGUACUAUUACGUUCUCUUUAUUCGCAAAUGAGACUCCUCCCAGCUUACAGGACAUUUCGGCAGCUAAGUUCAUCGAGCCAGACAUAUAAUGUAAAUCUCAUAUACAAAGUAUCUACCUUUUGUAAUCCGUUCUCACGGGCAGAGGGGGAGAUGAUGAAAGAAUAUACUUUUGCUCCUGUGGAGACCUCUUCAGGACGUUUUAGUGUAGCUGUUUCAUAUCGCAAGACAUUGUCUGAUUUCAACCUGGAGCCUGCAACUUCGAUGAUUCCGAGGAUUAUUACUGAUUACGUAGGUAGUCCUGCCACUGACCCACUUAGGUCAUUCCCCUCUUUUGGUAAGGGUGUUCAAGCUACAUCUUUUCCUUCAAGUGGAGUAGGGCAACCUUCUUCAGCACCAUUUCAACGUCCACACAGCUGGACAAGUGGAUUCCACAGACCAGCUCCGUUUUCACAAGGUCAUUCCCUUGGUGGGUCCCCACCUACAUACGGUGCAUAUGGUUCUCCAUCUCCUCCUACUGACAUGUAUUCUCAACGAGCUCAAAGCUAUAGAUCCCCAUCUCAAAGAGUUAAUAGCUAUGAAGAGUACCAACUGUCACCCCCUUUCUCUCCAUCUCCUUCCCCUUCUCCGCCAGCAUACUUUUCCAGCGGUAGUGUUGGCAGAAAUCGUGGACGGUCAGAAACCGCUCCUAUGACCAUUCCACAUCCAACAGCAAGUGGAAAUGCAAGAUACUUAUCUCCAAACUUUUCUGAUCCAAAUAGACAUUCUCUUCCCCCUCUAUCACCUAGGCACACAAGGCUUGACCCCUCAUCCCAAGAGUCCCCAUCUGGACACAGAUCAUUCCGGAGACCGGAAUCUUUGAGAUCUGGGGAGUUGCAUUACCACUAUGUUAAUCAGAAGGUCACAAGAGAUGGUCGAGAUGAUUCGGGGCGGUUUUCAGGCUUGUUAUCUUCAAGUGGCUCUCCGCGCAUAGGGUUUUCUCAAAGUUCUAGUAGAUUGUCUUUCCAAGAUGAUUUGGAUGAUGGUGACUUUUCAUGCCCUUUCGAUGUUGAUGAUGUUGAUCCACCAGCCAGCAAUACUGGUGAUGGCAGAGAAGGUUCAGAGUCCACUUCAUCAUCGUUACCUAUGGGCACAAAAUCGCAAGGUGCUGCUGUCGGGAUGCUCGUUCAAAUGUUAAGAGCAGCGCCUCCACUUCAACAAGAUGCCAGUUGUUACUCAACCCAGUCCUUGAACACGGAACAAGAGGGAGCUGUGGCUACAGCCUCAGGAUUCUUUAUGCCACGCAAGACCACAGAUGCGCUGGAGGAGCUUCGGAGUUACCGAGAAAUGAAGAACAUCUUACUCUCAAAAAGCGGAGCUCGUGUCAUAACCAAAGAAGAAGCUUGACCUUCACCUCAUGUUGUAUAUGAAGGUACCUUGUUUUCCAGUGGACAGAGGGCAUCACGAAUUACAAAUUGCCGAGAGCAAGUUAUAGGAGCAGCUGAGGUGGUGGUUGUACACUGGAAAGAAUACAGACAUUGGCGAAGAUAAGAGUUGAGCUUGUGUACAUAAAAAUGACUGCGAAACUGAUUGUGGGCAUUGAUUUAGCCUUGCCUUUGUAUUCCUCGUGUAUCAUUAGAUGGUACCAAACUCAUAUAAGCUGAAAUCAGUCUAUAAUAGCUUUGCUUCCGUACAUCUUCUUA